AUGAAAACGACUGAUUAUUAAAAAUAUUUAAUUCUUCAGGAACUUUAUAGUGUUCAUUCUGAUAGAAUUAGUGAAUAAUUUAAGUAGAAAAAAUAACAAAAUGGAACUUAGUCCUUUUUAUUUUGA